AUGUCGAAAUUCUUUGCCGCCGCCUUCGCCUUUGUGGCCCUCGUCCUGAUCCUUGUCAGUGCCGCCCCCGCGCCGCCUCAGCUCCUGGACGCCCAGACCGCCAUUCAAAAGAUAAUCGAUGCCUACAAUCGGAUUCCAGGACCCUCCGUUGUCCACCCUUGGGAGGUGGCCCGUGUGAUCGACCCAAACACCUUUGUGGCCCACUUUUAG